CCCUGUGCCUGGCCCUCGGCACUGGGGACGGCCUGAGCCCCUCUGGGAGCAAGCGGGGUGAGGUGCAGGACGGCAGUGCGGGGGUAACCGUAACUCGGUAUUUCAGUUCGUAGGUGUGCUUCCUAAUGCGGGAGGGAAAAGAAAGAAAAAAACCCAAACUUCUAAAGUGCUUUUAAAAUCUGUCGUAUGCUCUGAAGUUGAUGUGCAGCACCACAGUGUAAGAAAUUGGAAAUUUAGAAUCUGAAAAGCAUUUUGAGAACAAAGAGGCAGGUGGUGCCUGGAGAAAAGUUACAUUCCUCCAUCUCCGCCAUGGGCGCGCAAUGUCGCUCUCCCGCUCUUCACGGUCUGAGUGUAGCUCAUUUACUUGUAUGUAAAGGUUCUGCGUUAUCUCAUGUUCCCCAGGCGAGGGGUGAUGUCAUACUUUCCAGAGACAGUUAAGGCAUUCCAGAUUCUUGGGAAGCUUCGUUAGCAAAGAUCAACUGUGGCCUUUCCUUUUCAGGUUGUAUGACUCGUAUACAUAUUUUUUUUAAUAACUGGGCCUUGUAAUGAGUUUUGUUACAUGUAGCGAGUCCCUGAUACCUCAUGUAAGUUAUAACCUGGUUAUACUGUAAUUAGUGCACAAGGUGGUAGUUUACCAGGCCCACCCCAGAAACAGGCAUCUGCAUCAAUGUGCAUCUGUUCUCCGUUGAGACAAGUAGCAUUUGUUUGGUGGGUAUACAUGGCUGUAGUGAUCAGGUAAAAUAGGAAGCAAUCUUUAUGAAUAUCCUGAAUUCUCUGACCCUGAUGCCUUAGCUACAGAAAAAUCACUCUGAGAGUCUGGAGGUGUUGUAAAAACGGGUGUGAAAAAGCAAAAUAUUGCAACAUUGUCAGAUUACAGAAUAAUAUAAAUGUAGAAGUUGGUCGCACAGUUGGAGUCCCUCAACUAAGAAUGCAUUAGACCUCGGUUUACGUACGUUAUUUUAAGCUUCUACCGUUAUUUUGUGUCUGACCUUAUCUUUCCCAGAUAUUUUCCAUUUAUCCUUUCACAGCCUGAUUUGGACUUUUAAGCUAUGCUAUAUGUGUAGAGUGGGUGUGGGAGGCACUGUUCGCUUGUUUUUUAAUUACGCAGUAUCGUAAAUGGGAAUGCUGAAGUGGUUUCUAAGCGUAUUUUAUUGGAAGUAUGUAUAGAAGGCAGAAGGAAGAUGUCAAACUGACGUGCUAGAAAAUUUAUUUGGUACUUACUCUGGGGACAGUGAAAUUCAAUUUUGCUUGUGCUGCUGAGAAGUCUUGGGCCUGCAGUGGCCUGGAUACACCAUACAUGGAUGGCUUCCUGGAAGAGAACCCAAUACGCACUUUGCUGAUUAGUCAUACAGCUGUUUGUGAAAUAGAAGAGGAAUAUUAGCUAUCGGAGUUCCUGGUUUCUAAUCUUGGUCUGGAAUAAGUGCAUUAGCUAUUGACCAGAGCACUGAUCAGACAAAUUAGCUAAAUACUUACGUUUUAUGUAUUUGUCCUCAAGCGUUACAAACUGGACAUAAACCAGGGAAGCUGGUUUUAUUCCUACGGUUAUAUGAUUUGUGUAAUUUCUGUAUUUCUGUUUGGGAGAUGGGAAGGAUGUAUUAGUUGCCUGCCAUCUAGGAUAAACCUAUGAGGUUAUGAUCAGUAAUAAUGGCGGUGAACAAUACUUACACAAGGAAAUGUAACCACAACCCAGGAUUACUUGGCUACUAUACGAGGCUGAAGAAUAGUGUGUGAGAAAGAAGGCUCCUUUGCUCUACCACUGACUGACAAGACAGGACAAAACUUGAAUAUCAGGUCAAAUGGUAAACACUUAGCAGGCUUGUACCUCAUAUUUUUUGCAAACAUUAAGCAUAAAAAGUUCAGACCCGAAAGCAUCCCAUAAAUAGCUUAAAAAUCCUGAAAUCUAAAAGCUGGUUUAUGCCUCUGUAUUGUUCCAGGGUUUGUUGCACAGCAUUUUCAAUUUGUCUGCUCAUUGCAGAAUCAAAGUGUGAUAUAAGAAUACAUACAUAAGCAACUGUUUCUGCACUUUGCGAGAGCUUUCCUCAUUGCCUGACAGAGCAGGAGUUGUCAUUCCAUCCUCAUCUCUUCCCCCUAACAAGACCGGAUAUGCAGCUGCUCUGCUCAAAUGCUUUCUUUAUUCUCCCCAACAAUCUUCCCCUUCAAUUCACUUUCCCCCCCCUUUUUCUCUUCCUUUUCCUUACACUUUUUAUUCUUUAUGCUUCCUGCUUUGCAUUAGCAAUUUCCAUUAUAAAGCUCAGGUUGCUUCUUGCUGCUUUUGCAUUUUUUAAAUUAUUGCUUCCCCUAUUAUUCCCUAAUAAAUUCCUCUUCCUUCCUUCUUUCUGUCUCCGAGAUGUUCAUUGCAUUGUCUCACUCUGUCCUCUCUUGUCUUCACCUCGUAGUAGCUGCAUUUGAGCCUAGUUAGACACAACUCUCCUGGGAACAGACUCCCUUUUGCCAAUGCGAGUGAAGGAAAAUGAUUGCUACUAACUGAGAUUAGACUGAGCUCAGCUUCACUGAUACUAACAGGACAUGGCAGCUAUUUUGCAUUAAACAAAACUUUUCAUUAGAAGGCAAGUAUAGUACUUGAUGAAAACCACCAAAAAUAAUAUAAGCUAUUUAGCGCUUAGCCGAAUUUAGGGCUCAAUUUACUAUCAGAUUUAUAAGUUGACAGGACAUCUUUUAAAAUACUAAAUUGUUUGGUAACAAACUUAUUCAGAUUUAAGUUUAAUGAAGAAGUUCAUAAGCAAGUAAUGUAACAAUAAAUAUGGAGAUAAUAUUAAACGUUUACCUAAUCAUUUCAGCAAGGCCUGACAAAGAGGCUGAAUAAUAAAGUAAUGGUUCCUUAAUACCUUUUGAUGUGACAACACUGAGAGCGCUGGAAUUAUUCACUGUUUUCCGCAAAGUGAAGUAACCAGGCAAUAUGAAAGUAUUAAUUCUCUCUAGGCAAUACUGCAUUUUAACUGCUACGAUAGCAAUGUAUAAAAUAAAUGACAAGAUCAGUUAGGCAUUUUAUAUUUACUUCAUUCCUUUGUGAAAAGACAAGGAGCCCUCAAUGAAACUAUAAUGAAGCAAAUCUAACCUGAGAAAAAUGCUUUUGCAGUAAAACUCAGUUUUUCAAUAACAUAAUGCUUCCUUUUUAACCUUCAAGCUAGUUGGAAUGUUCACUUUCUGGUAAAAAGACUAGCAUAGCUUGUUAGUCGUAGUAGGCUUAAAUUACUUAAUAAUGAAUUCAAGGAAAUAAGAAUACACUGAGUGGAUUUCAGAAAGUGAAAAUACAUUGAGUUAGCUUGGCUCAUUUGAGCCUUUUUUACAUUUGUUUCUUUGGAACUUGCCCAGGUCAAGUAAUUCAGAUAUCAGAUUGAAUGAAGCGCUUGUGUUCUGAUACAGCUGUUCUUAUCAUCUUUUUAGCUUUCAAUUACUGAAGAGUUAACUGGUAGAAAUAAAAAUUAUUUUUCUUUGAGUGGCUACUAAUAUAAAAAAGCUGCCUUUAUACCUUGACUUUCUUGGUUAUAAAGUGCUUUUCCAUUUCUGGAUGUACAGUAAGCACUCUGCUUUUCUUAAUGUUUGAUCUACAGAGUGAAGCUGUUCCCUGCGCAGAACUGACAGCAAGGCUCUGGUCCCUUCCACAUGCAUCCUCAAAUCACCUGAAAAGCAAUAAUCCAGAAAUAAAAAGGGACAUAAAGGAAUGGUAUUCAGUGAACAGAGCCAGCCCUGUACUAGCUGGGAUAUUUCAAUAAAUGAGAAAUUCUCAACUGCUGUAAGAAAGCAGUUUUCCUGGCCUUUAAUGAUUCAGAGUAGCACAAACAAGUCAGAGCAAGUGUUGAGAAACUCUUAAUUACAACAUCGACUUAAGGCACGCAGGCCAUACAGUCCAACAUAAACAGACUGUAGAAAGCAAAGGCCUGUUUUUCAGCAACCCAUUUUCAACUCCCCUAAUUUCUUUUUCUCAGCUUUAGUCAUCUCUCUUUCAUCUGUAAAGCAAAGUAUAUUUCAUCCUUUGAACAAUCAGCAUGCAAUUUUACAAAACACGGAUGUUUUCACACUGCUGAUUUCAAUUAUGUAACUUCCAUACAAGCAUUAGCACUUGGUCCGGAAUAACCAGAAACUUAGCUAUUCAUGUAUAAGACAGCAAACACAAGUGUCUGUAAACUGAAUUCUGAAAGCUACACCUGACCUAUAUUAAUCAUCAAAAUGUGAAUGCAUGAUGAGAGGAAUUCCUUUCAGGCCAUGUACUGAAGUGGAGGUUGGAGAUAUGUGGAUCGUGGCUGGUGGAAGGGAGGCAGCUGAAAUGAGGAACUGCAGAGUACAGGGCAAAUGGAAUGUUAAAUAGUAAAUUUUCUGCCCCCUUUUUUUUCUCAGUAGGAUUGCCAGGGUAUUAACAAUAAUUUGGUAUUGAAAAACAGUAAUUUGGAAAUCUGAAGCUAUUCAUAUAGCACCAUUUAAUGCCUAUGUACUGAUUUUUAUUUGUUUUAAAAAAUAUAAAUGUCCUAUUUGUGUAUGAGCUUUGGAGUAUGUUUUUAAAAAUGAUACUAUAACAGACUAGUAUUUUCCUCAGCUAAGAAUCAUGACACAGUCUCAUCUGUAAUAGCUGUAAUCUUUUAAUAGCUGGUAUAAGCUUAUAAUUAAUUUCUUGUACUAGAAUAGUUUGGCUAGUGAUCACUGUUCCAACUAGGUAGCUAUUUGAUCUGGGUUUAUAAAUUAAUUAAACUAUUAGAAGCUCUUAUUUUAUUAUUGACUUCCAGCUCAGUCUGACAGAUACUUGUUUUCCCCAGAGCUAGUGAUUCAGACUGCAACACUUUUCCCUGGAGAGAGAGAGUGAGUCAGUGUGUGUUUGUGUGUAUAUGUUUUUCUCUUCGAGCCCCCUUCCUUGCAGGACGCUUGUUCUCACCACAGACCGCAGGGAAAAGCGUGCGUAGGUAAGACUUCAAACCCCAUAAUUCCGUGGGAGAGCAUGCGCCCUGUCCUUCCAGUUGUCAAAGCGCUCUUGCCAGAGUGGUCGCCUAUUUGUCAUAUACCAAAUCCGAAAGAGGGAAAUAAACACACUGUCAUUUUAUUGAUCUUUAAAUACAGAAAAUCCAAAGGUAACUGUUCCUUAAGAAUUUCUGCAUUGACUGCGUGGGUUACUGCAUGAAACGGAGCUGGUAUUGCUUUGGGGAUAUAGAUUUCCUGUACUGGAUUGUAAAUUUGCACAAGUACUUACACCAGCAAAUAAUCAAGAGGUACUGCAUAUUAGUCUAACAUUAGACAUUGGCUGGCCUGUCUUUCAAAGUCAUUUAUUAUCCAGUGUUUUUCCAUUCAGACUGGCUUCAUUCAUUAAAGGUAGGUCUUGACCUUGACGAGAGGGUUGAAUUAUGCAGAAAUUUUACCUUUAAGAAGUAAUAUGAAAAUGAAUGUGGAUUGCAGUCCUCAGGAUAAAGUUCAAAAACAAAUAGCUAGGUCAAGAUACAUAUUUGAAACAACUGCUGUGGUAGCAACUAUAGAUAACUUGGUGACUAACUGAUUUAAAUAUACUUUAUUGACAACAGAAUUUUAACGUUUCAGCUGCUAUGUUUUUCUCCCUAAAUAUAUUUUUAUAUUGAUGUCUCAGAACCUGGAGAAGGAUAAACAUUGCGUUUUUCUCUCUGAUGUGGAAUCAUCAGCAAUUUUAUGCAGCCUUAGGACUAACAGUGAUUUUGAUAGAAAUGCAGCUAAUGGAAAGCUACACAGAGCUUGGAUUAUUAUGGCUUACUGCAGUAUUGCUUUAAACUGCCUCACAAGGCUUUCUGCACCCCCAGCAGCAGCAGUGCUGCCCUUUUCAGUUGCAAUAGUUUACUCCCUUCUUCUUAGGAACUUGCCGUAAUGCUGUCUCACUAUAUAGUCUGUUCAUAAACCCCUGUUGUUAGGCUUACAUAUUAAACAGGGAAAUAAUAGACAGCAUGAGCAGUAACCUAACUGAUAGCAGAAACCUGUCCUGACAUUCAUUUUUAAUUAACAAAUGUGUAUGGCUUAGAAGAGAGAGAAAAAAAAAGUCUUAUAGAUAGACGUGGACCAUCUGAAAACAGUUGAUGUCAGAAAGUAGAGGGUCAUUGACAACUUCCUGACACCCUUCUUAAUCAAUUUAUAGAUUUGGUUUAAGUUUACUUUGUUUCAUUAAACAACAUCGUAUGAUUAGCUCGACAGAAAUGUGAUUAGGUAUCCAGCAAUGACUAUCUUUGACAUGGUUACUCAAUUAAAGUAAGGGAUUUCGGCUCAUUUAAAAUACUUUUAAAUUUAUAAUGAUCUCUUUAAUUGACUAAAAGUCUGCAAAAUUUGGAGGUGCCUGUUCUGGUUUCAUGCAAUUGCUGUUCCUUGACAUCUGUAUAUGCAUUAGUGCUAAUGUUUUGAAAUAAUAUUUAAGUUUUAUUAUCUGACCCAUUUUAUAUGAAGUACCUUUUCUAGCAGAUGUAAGACUCAAUCAUGCUAUAUGCAUUUGAUUCUUAAAGUUUAAAUUUAUGCUUAUGUAUUGGUUUAGCAAAUAAAUAGCUUUGCUAAUCUUCAUUUUGUGCAUAUAAAGAUGGCUUUUGAAAUGCGGCAUGUCUAUAUUUAAAAUAUUUUGAUUUAUCCUGUUUUUAUUUUUUAUUGUGAAAGCAUCAGAAACUUCAGUCUCUAAUACUAUCUCCCAGAUUUGCUCAUUUUGAUCUUAAUCUUUCUAUAAACAAAUUACUCUCCUUAUGAUAGUUCAUAUAGGAAGGUAGUGAGUAGAAAUACACUUAAGCAAAGGACUACUUUGAUGUAAAAUACCAUUUUAAACAGAAGGGUUGCAAGGUCACUAAAGGCAAAUAUAACUGCACAUCGGUGUGCAUGAACUAUCGCUACAUCUUCUUUCCCCCCACCUCAUCGUUAUGAUUGUUUCACAUGCCUCUUAAGCAAACAGCAAGCUGUCUGGCAAAAAAAAGGCCAGAAAAUGAUAGUGCAGCUAAGAACUGCUUCCGUAAUCAGCGCAAGAUUUUGUGCGUGCUUUCUCUCUGUUAAAUUUAAAUAAUUGAAAGCUUGUUUGUUAAUUAAGGAAAAUAGGCAUCCGGCUCCUUUAAAGGUCCCCUAAUAGAAAAGGGGUGGAGAAGAGCGAAGACUGGUGUCUUUUUAACCUUGCUGAAGGACGCAGCAGUAUUUAUUGACGUAUGCAAAUAACCAGGGGGAGGAGGUGGAGGAGGAGGAGGGUGCUUGGAAAAACAGGAACCAGAAUCAGUUUCUCAUUGCAGGCUGCGCAAACCAUGCAGGAUGAUUUACUGAUGGACAAAAGCAAAGCCCAGCCCCAGCAGCAGCGGCAGCAGCAGCAGCAGCAGCAGCAAGAUCCAAACUCAGCAGAAGCCCCCUCUACGCCCAUCUCGUCGGAGACACCCAAACCAGAAGACAGCAGCCCAGUGACUAGUAUCGGCACAUCAGCUCCUGCCCAAAAUAGCAAGGAGAAGAUGCAGAUGGAGUCCCCCAUUUUGCCUGGCUUGAGCUUUCACCAGCCUCAACAAGAACCUGCAGCCGGCACCUCCUUGUCUCCCUCCUUCGGCAGCACCUGGUCUACAGGGACCACAAACACGGUGGAUGAUAGCUUUUUCCAAGGGAUUACUCCAGUCAAUGGGACAAUGCUUUUCCAGAAUUUUCCACACCACGUCAACCCUGUGUUUGGUGGCACUUUCUCGCCUCAAAUUGGCCUAGCUCAGACUCAACACCACCAACAUCAGCAGCAGCAGCAGCAAGCUCAGCAGCAGCAGCAGCAGCGGAGGUCACCCGUGAGCCCUAAUCAGGCACCUUUUGCCCAGAGAAAUGCUGCUUACAGCCAUCAGCCCAUCAUGACCAGCAAGCCGUCUUCCUCCUCUGCCUCCUCUUCUUCCUCCUCCAGCUGGAAUAACCAUCAAAACGCGGCUUGGAGUACGCCUUCCAACCCUUGGGGUGGGCUGCAGGCUGGUAGGGACCCUCGAAGGGCAGUUGGAGUGGGGGUUGGCGUGGGAGUGGGGGUCGGCGUACCCUCCCCCCUCAAUCCCAUUUCACCCCUUAAAAAACCAUUCUCCAGCAAUGUCAUUGCCCCUCCGAAGUUCCCACGGGCUGCACCCUUAACUCCCAAAUCCUGGAUGGAAGACAACGCUUUCAGGACGGAUAAUGGCAACAAUCUGUUGCCUUUUCAGGACCGGAAUAGGCCCUAUGACACUUUUAACUUGCACUCUUUGGAAAAUUCCUUAAUGGAUAUGAUAAGGACUGAUCAUGAGCCUCUGAAAGGUAAACACUACCCUCCCAGUGGCCCACCAAUGAGUUUCGCUGAUAUAAUGUGGAGGAAUCAUUUUACAGGGCGUAUGGGAAUAAACUUCCAUCAUCCAGGAACAGAUAAUAUUAUGGCUCUUAAUACCAGGAGCUAUGGGCGGAGAAGAGGUCGGUCUUCACUCUUUCCUUUUGAAGAUGGCUUCCUAGACGACAGUCACGGUGAUCAGUCUUUAUCGUCGGGUCUCAGCUCUCCAACACGCUGUCAGAAUGGUGAAAGAGUGGAACGCUAUUCUAGAAAGGUGUUUGUUGGAGGUCUUCCUCCUGACAUUGAUGAAGAUGAGAUCACUGCCAGCUUUCGUAGGUUUGGACCUCUUGUGGUGGACUGGCCUCACAAAGCUGAAAGCAAGUCAUAUUUUCCACCUAAAGGUUAUGCCUUCUUGCUGUUCCAGGAGGAAAGCUCUGUACAAGCCCUGAUAGAUGCCUGUCUGGAAGAAGAUGGGAAACUUUACCUGUGUGUGUCAAGUCCCACAAUUAAGGACAAACCAGUGCAAAUUCGACCAUGGAACCUAAGUGACAGUGACUUUGUGAUGGAUGGGUCUCAGCCUUUGGACCCAAGAAAAACUAUCUUUGUUGGAGGAGUUCCGCGGCCCCUCCGAGCUGUUGAAUUGGCAAUGAUUAUGGACCGUUUAUAUGGAGGUGUCUGCUAUGCGGGCAUUGAUACAGACCCAGAGCUGAAGUAUCCAAAAGGUGCUGGCAGAGUGGCUUUCUCCAAUCAGCAGAGCUAUAUUGCUGCUAUCAGUGCUCGCUUUGUCCAGCUCCAACAUAAUGACAUUGAUAAACGGGUGGAAGUGAAGCCAUAUGUGCUGGAUGAUCAGAUGUGUGAUGAAUGCCAGGGCACUCGCUGUGGUGGAAAAUUUGCUCCAUUCUUUUGUGCCAACGUUACCUGUUUGCAGUAUUACUGUGAAUACUGCUGGGCAAGCAUACACUCUCGUGCUGGGCGAGAGUUCCACAAACCACUGGUAAAGGAGGGAGGCGACCGGCCCCGCCACGUCCCGUUCCGCUGGAGCUGAACCCCAGGCCUAACCCAGCAACACGUACUGGAGUAGAUAAAAUCGAGGGAAAAGAGAGCGCUGCCUCAGGGCUUAGUGUUCUGGAAAUCUGUGCAUUCGUCCUCGACUUUAAUGAAGAUAUGGGUCUUUUUAUUACUAUUAUUAUUAUUUACAGUCACAUUACUGAACUCAGUGUCCAGUAUAAUACAAACCGGCAGAGUGUAACUGUACUGAUUUUGCACUUUGAUUCACACAAACAUCUGCUUGGUACCUUAAUUUCCUACACAAGACUUGUCACUAGUGACAUUAUGUAGACUGCCAUUCUCAUCAACCUUCACUGGGUUGAUGUGUAUGUGAUGAAGAUUUUUUAUUAUAAUUAUUUUUAUUUUUAAACUGGAGCAUGCACUUAUUUUCAGAAAUUUAGACUUGCCCCUAGCAGAUGACUUACCAAAGGUAAUAUUCACAAGUAGGUGGCAGAUGUAGCAAAAACUUACUUAAACAGAUAUUCAGCAAUCAUUAGUUUGGGUCAUUUAGAGUAGUAAUAACCCUUAAAGAAAAUAAGCCUUUAGUUGCUCUCCAUUUUGACUUGUAAGGAUGAUACCUCAUAAGCUGGAUCAGACUUUUUUCUUUUGUUUUGCUGAGGGUUUUUUUUUUGUUAGGUCUUUUAGUGUUAUGUAAAUGUAUGCUGCAAUAGCUUUUGCUGCUAUUAAAAUGGUAUUACUAAUACCAUAAUACUCUAUUCAGGCUAGGGUAUCAAUUAAAAAAUGAAUAUGUGAUUAAAAUAGUGAUGGCUGCUGAAAGGAGAUCAGUAUAGCAUACAGAAAAGCUUCCAAGGAAGGUCAAUAUUUUGACUGCAUGUUUACUUAAUCAGGUUGCUGCAUGCAAUAAAUUUUAUAUAUGUCUAAUAUAAAACCUGCCCACAAUGCACAAAUUAUGAACCUAUGUAGGCUAAAACAUAUUCAGUAACAAAAAAAAAUUGAUUACUGACUGGAGGAAGGCAUGCCUCAGUAAAUGUAAUGCUUCUGAAAUUAGGAUCAGCCCAUUACAGAAUGACCUAUAUUACAACAAAUAUUAAAAACUAGCUGUAGGAUAUUCUUAAAACAAAUUUGUGGAUGGUAGAUGAAGUACUUUGCGGUGCUCUGUUAUAUAUUGUGCAAUUUAUUUUAUAUAGUAAAGUGAUUAUGUCUAGUACUGUGAUCAAACUUAACUGUUAAAGCCUCUGUAUCCAACAUUAACACAUUUUUGACAGUUCAUAACAGGUACAUAAACAGGAAUGAGCUCUUAGUUACAAUCUCUCUCCUAAUGCUUGCAUCCUUUACGUAGCUGCAGACCUUGUCCAGAAAACCAAAGAGCUCAUACUAGCGUACAUACACUACCAAUUAGAUAGUCUGUCAAACUAAGAAACUAGGCACAUUUUAAGAAAGUUAGGAAAAAAGGGGUGCUAAAGAAAUGUCUGCAUAUAAAAGUUAACAUGAGAUGUCUGCUCUGUGGAUGUGGCGUUAUCUCUCUAAUCCCUGGAUGUAUCCUGUGAAGCUUGAAUACAAUUAAGACCUGCUAACACAGUGGACAUUUUUUUAGCAUGAACUAUGGGGCUGCAGAUAGCUUAUAAUUAUAAACACACUUGGUAUACUAAUGAUUGUGAGAAUGUGUACACUAUUUUUUUUUUCAUUUUCCUCCUUUGAUUUUUGCAGUUCUGGGGACAAUCUGACUGGAUAUGACACCGCAUAGUAGAUUUAAAUGUCUGGGUUUUGUUUGUUGUGAUGUCCUUGUUUGUGUCUAAUUUAGUAAGUUGUUUUUUCCCAAUGUUUAGUUGCGAGUAUUGGCUUUGAAAGGAACUUUUCUGUUUUUGGAAAAAAAAAAGAAAAAAUAGUUUUUUACUGGUUUAAAAUGCUUAUUAUAAUUAUCCCUUUCAACGUUACUUCUGGGCAUUUUUGUGAUAUUGCUUUUCCCAGCCCAGGUGUCUUUUCUGUUUUUUUCAUCUGUACAAGACAUUUUGUUAUGCACUACUUUUUGUAUCUAGACAGUUUUCAACAGUCGGCUGAUGAUUUUUUUUAAAGAAAAAGGCAUGCUUUCUGACUGACAUGAUCUUUUGCAAUACCUCAAUUUUGAAAUAUAGGAAAGAAAAUGAUAUUUUCUAAGUAAGUUUAUUCAGAAAAAUAUAUAUUAAUUUAAUUCUGCAAGAAAAAUGAUUUAACAGAUGGGUAACUUUAUUUUUUUCAUGCUUAUUUGAGUUUUUUUGAAAAUGAAGAAGUUAGAGCUUUAUAACUGUAAUAUUAAAGAUCAUAGCUAACCUACAGAAAUCUACCUAAUUAUGUGAAAGAAGUAAACCUUUUUGAAGAAAACCCCCUCUUUCAUGUAGAAACAUACCCCCAGAGAGAAAGAGAGUGAGAGAGAGAGAGAGAAAAAACGAGCGAGAGAGAGAGAGAAGCUGGAAAAUGUACAAUAUAGCAUAAUGUUGGAUUAAAACUAAAACAAAGUUAUCAUAAAGAACAGUUGUAAACAUAAACUCCAUUUGGUGCUGAAAGUUGUGAAUAGAAGGUGAAAAAAUAUUUUCCCUUAAUUUGUAUAUUUAUAAUCAGUGUGAUUAUGCACGACUGACCAGAAUUGUGAGAGUUCUUCUGUUUGUAUUUUUUUAAAGAGAACUUUUUUUAGUUUAUUAAAUUAUAACAUGCUCCCUUUUGUUUUGUAAAUGAAUGUGCCCCUGAGUUGUUAAUAUGUUAUAUUAAAAGAGGGUCCUUCAAAAAAAGUUAUUUUUUAAAAUAUGGAGUUCUGAACUGCAACUUGACUUAAGAAGCCCCUGGGUACAACAGGUCCUAUUGUGGCCUUUUCUGAUGUGAGACUUGAACUAGUCGAUUUUUUUGAAGGCUAACCUAACCUCGACUAUUUGUUGUUAUGUGCAAUACUGUUUGUACUGUUUGUAUAAAAAAAAAGAAAAAUGAAAAGAAAAAAGGCAUAAAUCUUUAUUGCAGAUUUAUUUUCAUUGCAGACUUUAGACAUUGUGAUUCACUAAAAUCAUUUUUCUACUGUCAAAUAUGUACCUUUUCUUCAUGCUGGUAUUUUUUCAAUAGUAAUGUAGCCUUUGUACUGAGACAAAUUUUCAUUGUUAUUUUUAGAAAGAUUUUUUGCUAAGAAAAAAAUUAAACAUAUUUACAUAUUUUUCAUUUUUAUUUCGUAUUUUCUUUAAGGAGUGCUUUCUCAACCAUUAAUAUAGUUGUUUCUGGGAGAGACUUUCAUAUCUGGUCAAUGUCAUUAAUAUUAUUUUGUAUUUUUACUUGGAAUAAAUUAAUUUUAUGAUGCUAAUUCUUUAAAAGUUUAUUUUUUUCAUUUUCAGUUAUUUUUGAAGCUAAAAUCUUUGUAAUAUUGUUACUAAAGUGUCUAGUUUUUUGAAAUGCAAAGCUUUAUGUAUUAACUUGCUGAUGUGGUUUACAAUAGUGUGGCAAUGAUGAAAAUGGUUGGUUAUGUAAAGUGAUUGGAAAAUUGUAACAAAGAAUUGGGCAAUAAAAUGACAGAAUGAAGCAGAAAAAAAUGUGAUAUUUUGAAAAGCCUUUUCCUUUAUCAAAAUGAUUUAGGGAGAUAAUAGGGAUGUCACAGUACCAGUUCGCUGUCUAGAUUUAUACACCACCAGUGUUGAUUAACUACUAUUGCCUUUAUAAUGAACUAAAUCUAUUGAAACAAUGGGUUUAUGACCCUGCCCAUUCAGCAUAAUGCUCCAUUACUUUUUCUUGUCAUGAACUUAUAUAAACUCUCUUUUCAAUAGUCUUAGAUUGAACCUCCUAAAAUAUAUAUUCUUCAUUGUAUUUUGCCACCAUGUUAUUUAUUUAAUUAAAUUGACCCUUUCCUGCACAACUUCCUUCUUGCAUACAUUUUUCAGUGGCGGCAUGGAGCAGACUAUAGGUUCCCACAUCAUUUCCUAAUGAAGUUACCACAAAGGGUGGUAGCUGCCUAGUUAAUGCAAAAGUAAUGUACGUCCAUUUUCUGGUAGCAAUGCAGUAACCCAUAUUGCCACCACGUCUGAACAUUUGUUCAGCUUCUUUGUCUUUCUCCGUUCUUCUCUGCCUCUCUUGUGUCUUUGUCCCUUUUUUUUUUCUUUUCUAUUGGCAAUAUCAACUGCCAGUAUCAAACAUCUUUCACUUCACCUCCACUUACACCACCUUUAUUUCCCCAUGCAGCCAGAAGAACCCCCUUCCUGAAGCCAGGCAGGCUCUGCUCUGGCACCUAAAACAAUCCAGACUAAAACUGGUGUUGCGUAAACAGGGCAUACAAUGACUUUCUCUAGAUAAAAGUUAUUUCAGCAAGUUAUUGAUGACCUUUUAGGCUAACUUAUGCUAGAGUGUUAGGGGGGGCUCAUCUAUAACUUGUAGAAAGAAAUGUGUCCAGAGUUGGCCUAUUGUGUAUCCUCUGUGUGUUCAGUUCUGUAAGUAAUGUAUAGACUAGAUCAAAUAGUGAAGUAAAAUUUAGACUCAAAUUAGGUACUACUGGUUGGAAUGUACACAAAUUGCAAACAAAGGAGAUUAAGGAAUGAAGAGGGAAUAAAAAAUUCCUGCUAAGUGGUACAAAGUUUAUGCUUAUAUUUCUGCCUACAUGCUUGUAUUUUAUAGCCUGCUAGCAAGGCAUGGGCUAAAACAAAUUGUAUUGCAAAUAUGCAGUUAGCAAAUAACUUUGCUGAUUUCACUAUCUGUUAGAGUAGUUUAAAAAAAAAAAGGGAAAAAAGAAAAAAAAAAAAAAAAAAGAAAUGGCGCCUAACUGGGAAAUGCUCCCAUGUUAAUAUUUCAGUAUUGUGACAUCUCUACUUGCAAGGUAUGAGUGAAAGAUUAGUCACAGAUUUGUAGAAAUGUCUCUUUUGUUUAAUCUGGCUUGUAUGUAGUUGCUUUUUAUGCUGGUUUGUAUGAUGUCAGCUAACCCCCUUUUUCUUUUCCUUUCCUUUUCUUUUUUUCUAAACCAGACAAACUUUCUUCUUAAUCUCUGCUGCUAUAGUGUUCUAUCAUACCACAGAGUAUUUUAUAUUCAUGUUAGUGACUACUCUAUACCCCAAAUGGGUAGCUGGUCAGAAAAGUACAUUGGUCACGUAAUUCUGGCACACUCAAAUUUACAUGAGAAAAAGUUCAGCAGUAAGUAGAAAACCAGGGUGCUAAUAAGAGGUAAUUUCGGCUAUUUUUUUUUUCUGGAUGUAGUUCUGUUGGGGUAUAAAGUAUUAGAUAUUUGUAAUUUUACUGUCAAAAUAAUGGACAUAACUUUUAGAGCAUUCACAGCUAAGAUCUCUGUACUUGUUUUUCAACUAAUUUUAAAUGUACUGUAUCUUUUAUUACAUGUUCUCUUAGAUUGUUUUUGCUAGUAAUUCUAACAAAGCUUCUUCCUUCUUGGCUUGGACUAAUGCUUGUAUGGAACUGCAGUACUGUGACUAAACAUGGAGCUCAAUGCUGCUAUUGCUUACAACUGCUUAAACUUUGUAGUUUGGACUUUAUUUUUUUUCUGUAAUAACUUAUUAAAUAUAGUUGUAUGAAGUA